AUGGAAGAAAUAUCAAAACAGGUGUAUCUUCCAUCGACAUGCAGUUCCGCUCCGUCAUCUACAUUCACCACCAGCAUGCGAGUACCAUCUAGCACUGCUCUCACCUAUAGCAACAAUGUUAAUUGCGCCAUCACGGUAACAGCGCCAUCUGGUCAUCAAGUGCUUGCCGUACCCAGGAGAUUUGAAUUGGAAGAACAGCGAACUGGAGCAUGCGUGGACUACGUCAAAUUCUACGCCGGUGCCUCCACUGGUUCCCCAAAGAUCAACCCCCAGCCCUACUGCGACAGGUCUGGUCCCCAUAACGUCAGUUCCAGCUCCACGUCAAUGACCUUAGAAUUCGUCAUCGACGGUAGCGCCCGCUACAGGGGCUUUGACAUCAUUUUUGCAGCCUUCACGAAUGCGCCAUGUGCCACUGAUUACUUCAGCUGUAGUAAUGGAUUGUGCAUUGACAAAUCUCUGCGAUGUGACAGUUUUAAUCAAUGUGGGGGCGAAUCAGAUGAAACUGCUUGUACAGCGGAAGAACUUGGGAUCGUUGAAGACAACUCUGCCCUGAUUUACGGUCUUGCAUUCGGUCUCGGUUCCCUUGUUGUGAUCGGAGUUAUCAUUGGAGUCUUAGUCUACAGGCACUACAAAUGGAAACGAUUUUUGAAUGAACCCAUACCCAAGGAACAUUACACAAGUACUUUACGAAAUUAUCCCGUAACCAAGAAAUAUUACAAAAAAGGUUACCAAUCUUACGCAUACACAAACGUCGCUUCCGGGCCGCCUUCGCGCAUGUCUAACGAUUUUGAGACGGAUGAGGAUCUUGACAUCGGAUCACGACCCACGACGCCUUCUUCCUCCGCUUCCAAGAAAAAUCACUUACAAGUUCCGGGAGCAAAAUCAGGGAAAAUAAAUAUGAAUGUAAAUGCAGGAGCUAGCAAUUGUUAAAUACAUUUAGAUUGAGUUAUAACCCUCUUCUCCUUUUCUAAUAUAAAAGAUAUAAUUGUUAGUGAUUUUACAGUUAUUUAGCAUCGUUACUUGUUGGAUCAUCAUAUUUUAAUUGAAAUGUGAGACAUAUUUUCAGUCACAAUCUAUUUAAUGGUAUCAUUAGAUACUAGUAAUGCACGGCUAUGUUCAGUUUUUAAUCUGUACGUAUGCUGACUAUUUUAAAAGGUGCAAGAUGAUUAAAUUUUCAAUUAAAUUUUAACAUAGAUAAAGCAUGUACUAUGUAAUGAUAACAUUUUGUCACUGUACCAUGUAUUUCGCUGGCGAAAACAAUGAUGCAAUAAAAUUAUAAUGUACAUGUA